AUGGAGGUGGUGGUGGUGGAGGAGGAGGAGCAGAACCAUAACCUGGGAAACCAUGUUCUCCAUGAUAGAAUGGAGGAGGUGGAGGGAGAGGAGGAGGUGGGUAACUACCAUGAUGAUGCCCUGAAAAAUGAUGUGGAGGAGGUGGAGGAGGAGGUGGUGGGUAGUUCUUUGGUCUUUGGUGUCUACCAUGAUGUCUUCUAUGAGGCUUUGGAAAUGGUGGGUGACGAGGUUUUGGUUGACGUGAUGGUGGUUCUUCAUGAUCUGAAUCAGAUUCAUUACCACUUGGAGUACCAGGUUCAUCAUCUUCAGAUAAUGAUAAAAUUUCAUCUCUGUCAUAAUGUUCAUGGUGGUCAUAAUGAUGAUGAUGAUGUGGUGGAUGAUGAGGUGGAGCAUGACCAUCAGCUGAUAAACCUUUUUUCUUCAAGUAAAUUUGAAUUAUUUCAUCAUCAAUAUAAAUACUUUCGAUUUCAUCAGCACCGAUUUCUGUUCUUCUUUUUUUGUUGUUAA